AUGGCGAGAUUACGGGAGGCCUAUACCACAUUCUCGGAGAGGAGAGAGGCAUUGGGGCUGUCGAAUCCGGGUACGGUGGAGAACAUUGCGAAGGAGGUGCAGCGGGAUGUUUUCCUGAACAACCUGAGCUUUUCUGGCCUGCGCGCCGACCUCACCAAAGCUUUCAGCGUCGCUCCUCUCUUCCAGGUCUCCCAUGCGUUGGCCAUGGGCUCGCAGAGCCAGCCGCCAUACACGUAUGCUGCCCUCUAUGGGUCCCCAAAAGUCUUUCUCCAAGCAAACGUCGACAAUGAGCUCUCUUUCUCGGGUCGCUUCAACUACCGCUGGACGCCCUCAUUCGUCACCAAGACAUCGGUGCAGCUAGCCUCCAUGGGCUCCAUGGUGUCGCUCGAGAACGACUACACAGGCUCAGACUUUUCGGCGUCUCUAAAAGCCAUCAAUCCGUCGAUUCUUGACGGAGGCAUUACCGGCAUGGUCAUGGCCAGUUAUCUUCAGUCUGUGACGCCGAAGCUGUCGCUUGGACUGGAGGCUCUGUGGAAUCGUGUGGCGAUGACGCACUCCCCGGAGCUAGUUGUGUCGUACGCAGCCAGAUACAAGGGUACGGACUGGAUUGCUAGUGGACAGUUGCUCGCGCAGGGUGGUAUCGAGGCGUCCUACUGGAGGCGGUUGUCCGAGAAGGUGGAGACGGGCAUCAAUCUCAACCUGGCGUUUGCGGCUAUGGGUCCUGGAGGACCAAUGGCUGGCAUCAAGAAGGAGGGCACGGUGACAAUUGGCGCCAAAUACGACUUCCGAGCUUCGUCGUUUAGAGCGCAGAUUGACAACAAUGGCAAAGUUGCCUGUUUGCUUGAGAAGAGAGUUGCGCCACCUAUCCAAGUUACAUUCGCCGGGGAGAUCGACCACAAGCAGAACCAAGCAAAACUCGGGCUUGCAGUCUCAAUAGACGCCGCGGAUCCCGAAGUAAUGGAACAGCAGGAGAGGGUUGGAGCUGAUGCACCUCCGAUCCCCUUCUAA